AAUGCAUAAACAGAGGCUUUGCAAGUGUAGAGAUACAAGACAAGUUGAGGAGACAGAGACACGAUGGUAGACAUUAGGGCUUAAAACCUUGGUGUAAAUGAUCUUGAUUCGAGUUGAAUUUGGACACUGGAGCAGCAUGGAAGCAUUUAUGUGUUUUACAUUUUAAGAAUUUGUCACCAUUUACCUCAAUUGCACUGGAUUUGGCUGCUUACCCCUUAAACUCCGAAAGUAUUUUUUGAACUGCACACUUCACCCAUCUCUCCAUCGGCAUAGUGCUCACACACCUCAAGAAGCGGUGACGGAGCGCAGAGCUCAGGGCGCACAGCAGAACGCACCAUGGGCUACUUUCCGGACUUUUCCAUCGAAACCUGGACGUUGAUAGUGUUUGUCAUCACUCUCAUCGCAGUGUAUGGAUAUGCUCCAUAUGGUGUUUUUAAGAAGUUAGGCAUCCGUGGACCCAAACCUUUGCCCUUCAUUGGGACAUUUUUGGAGUACAGGAAGGGCGUCCACAAUGUUGACACGGACUGCUUUAAUAAAUAUGGCAGGAUGUGGGGGUGUUACGAUGGCAGACAGCCUCUCUUGGCUAUAAUGGACACAGCGAUGAUCAAAACAGUCUUGGUUAAGGAGUGUUAUUCUGUCUUCACCAACAGACGGGAUUUUGGCCUAAACGGACCCUUACGUGAUGCUGUAUCAAUUGUAGAAGAUGAGGAAUGGAAGAGGAUUCGCAAUGUGCUCUCACCGUCAUUCACCAGUGGCCGACUGAAAGAGAUGUACACAAUAAUGUUUAAACACUCGACUAACCUGAUCGAGAGUCUUCACAAGAAAGUCGAGGCGGAUGAAGUCAUUGAAGUUAAAGAAGUAUUUGGACCGUACAGUAUGGAUGUUGUGACCAGCACUGCUUUCAGCGUGGACAUUGAUUCCAUCAAUCAUCCCUCUGAUCCGUUUGUAACAAACAUCAAGAAAAUGGUCAAGUUCAACUUCAUGAAUCCAUUACUUGUGCUUACCGUUCUGUUUCCAUUCUUGGGACCAGUCUUUGAUAAGAUGGAUUUGGCAUUAUUCCCUACUGAUGUGAUUAAGUACUUCUACAGGUUCCUGCAGAUGAUAAAAACCGAUCGGAAGGAGGCUGACCACAAAAACCGAGUGGACUUCAUGCAGCUGAUGGUGGACUCUCAGGUUUCAGAGAACAAUAAAAACGACAGCAGUUUGCAAAAAGGGCUGACUGAUCAUGAAAUCCUGGCUCAGGCCAUGAUAUUCAUCUUUGCUGGCUAUGAAACCACAAGCAGCACACUUGGCUUUAUAUCCUACCUCCUGGCAACCCACCCUCACAUCCAAAAGAUCUUGCAAAAGGAGAUUGAUGAAACCUUCCCAGAAAAGUGUGAGCCCACCUAUGAAGCCGUGAUGCAGAUGGAAUACCUGGACAUGGUGGUGAAUGAGUCAAUGAGGCUGUACCCUAUUGCCAAUCGAUUGGAGAGAAUGACGAAGGCCUCAGUUGAAGUGAACGGUGUGACCGUUCCUAAGGGAGUUGUCGUCAUGGUACCAAUUUACGCUCUGCACCGGGACCCUGCUUUGUGGCCUGAACCUGAGGCCUUCAAACCUGAAAGGUUCAGCAAAGAGAACAAAGGCAACAUCGACCCCUAUGCCUUCCUGCCCUUUGGAGCAGGACCAAGGAACUGUAUUGGAAUGCGAUUUGCUCUCUUGGCGAUGAAGCUGUCCUUAGUCAUGAUCCUUCAGAACUUUAGUUUUGUCACCUGCAAGGAGACACAGAUUCCAUUGGAGCUCGGAGUGGAUGGUUUUACCACGCCUGCGGUGCCCAUCAAUCUGAAACUCGAGCCCAGAGCCAGUGAUUCUUCUUCAAUCUAACUCUGAUUAUGUGGCAGUAACCUGGCAGCUCUCACGCUAACCUGCUUCACUAUCAAGUCAAAAGUUUAUGUUCCGCUUUUAGAAAAAAACAAAACAUAAACAGUAUAUUCUUCACAAUUCACUCAUCUAAAGACAUUAUAGAGUACCAUACAAUAUAAAGCACCAUAUAAAUUGCAGCAUAUGGUAUGGUUAUUUUUUUAUGAUUUAUAGGAAUGUAUAGAAAACGUAUAUAGAUGUAUAGAAUGUAUAUUGAUGAGAUCUUACAGAUUUCCAUUUGCUGUCAUUGUUGUCAAGUGUGACGCUGAUAAGAUGAAUGGUUUCUGAGAUAAAGGUUCCACAGACAGACAGAGAGACAGACAGAUGUUGUGGCAAUUAGUAGGUAUGCUGCUACAUUGACGUGUAAAUUAGCUUGAACAACAUGAAUGCAACAAUCCAUUACAAGAAAUGUUAAUAGUUCCUCAAUCAAAUGAAUGCACAACCUGCAACACUGCCAUUUGAGACCAUACAGUGGGAUUCAGGGACAUUGCUCUUGAGUGACAAUUUCCUUGGUGUGGGCAUCCCUGGAAUGAGGGAAUGACUUUCCAUGGACACUGAUUUUUAGAUAUCAGGUGACACACGGAGAGUUUUGCCCUGACAUCCAGCAGCUCAAACACACAAAUAUGUAACUAAACUAACUGUGAUAACAAA